UGUCAGCCCGGGGUCGAUGAAGUAGGGGUGGUAGGCGCGAGGCGGGUGUCCGGGUGCGGCCCCGGGGACUCCGUCCCUGGCACCCCCUUUCCUCCGGGCGCGCGCCCUCCGCCCGCGGGAGCGGGGCCGUGGGGGCGGCCGCCCCGAGCAUGCGCACCGGUGUUGCAGCGCGCGAGCGCGGAGUCGGGGUGCUGGGACGCGGGGCGGCGCGAAGCGGGCCCUCUGCCGCCCCGCGCUCCCAUGUACGCCUUCUAUUCGCUGCUCAUCUACAUCUUCUACAGCCUCUUCCGCAGGGAUGGCGCUGCCCCGGCGGCCGGCGACCCCGAGGACCCCGCCCAGCCUGCAGGUUGCAAGCGCGGGGGUCGCCGCCGCCCCGACCCGCCCACGGCGGAACUGUGGACCGAGCUGACAGGCCUGGUCGGCCUCCCGGGCUGCUCCGAGUCCGAGGAUGGACCGGAAGAGGGAGCGGAGGGCCGCCCUGCCGAGGUGUCCCUGGAAGAGGCUCUCGUGCGUCUUGCUGAGUUCCUCUCCGUCCAGCUGGGGGCGGAAGAGAGCUUCGGGAAUCCUCCUCCUGACCUGACCAAGCCGAGCGAUGUCCCCCCACUGUUGACGGUGACGGGUCAGCUCUUGGCUCUCCUGGCCUGGAUUCGGAGCCCCAGGGGAAGGCAGGCCCUGUCCCAGGGGACUCAGCCAGCCGCCGAGGGGCAGUGCCCCACUCCUGCUGGAUCCCCAUCUCAAGAAGAAAGCCCUCCUCUCUCACCAAGGGAUGAGGCCCAGGGGCAGAACCCUCCCCAGUUGGCGGAGGACCAGAGGGCGUGGCAGCGGCUGGAGCAGCUCAUCCUUGGACAGCUAGAAGAGCUGCGACAGCAGCUAGAAGUGCAGGAGGAGGAGCUGGGCCGAUUGCGCCUGGGAGUGGGGGCGACAGACUCCGAGAAGAGAGUUCAGCAUCUAACCCUGGAGAAUGAGGCUCUGAAACAGAGCCUGAGCCUCACCCGGGAUCUCCUGCUGCACUGGGGUCCUGGCCCCUCCACCAGGGCCCCCCAGGAGGAGGCGGAGGCACUGGUGGAGCUGCAGAGCCGGCUUCAGGAAGCCCAGGACACCACAGAAGCACUUCAAGUCCAGCUGGGGGUGCAGGAGGUGCAGCUGCAGGGCCUGCGGGGGGCCCUUCGGCAGCUCCAGCAGGAGACUGAGCAGAACUGUAGAAGGGAGCUGCGGCAGAUGCUCGGGCAGUUGGCAGGACUUCGGACACGUAUGGCCAGCCUGCGUCAGGGCUGUGGGGACCUCCGAGGACUGGUCAGCACGUUUACCCAGAGCUGUCAGUGUUCGCUCAAUGAGGCCCGGGGUCAGGUAUCCUGGGCCCUGGGGGCACUGUCAGCUGGCGCGGCUGGGACUCAGCUCCCUGAGGAGCAGCAGAGGCCCCCAACUGGAUGCCCAGGGCGGCUGCUGGAGCUCAAGGGAAAUAUCCGUGUGCUGUGUCGGCUGAGGCCAGGGACACCCUCCAGCCUGGUGAGCUCGGAGCCUGGCCCCAGUGGCACUGUCACCACCUGCUAUCGAGGGCGCCAGCGUCGCUUUCGCCUGGACUGGGUCUUCUCUCCAGAGGCCAGCCAGGAGGAGGUCUUCAGGGAGCUGGAGCCAGCUGUGCUGUCCUGCCUCCGAGGCUACAGCGUCUGCAUUUUCACCUAUGGUCAGACAGGGACAGGGAAGACCUACAGUAUGGAGGGCCCACCUGAGGACCCUGGCAUAGCUCCUAGGGCACUGCAGUCACUGUUCCAGGAAAUGGGGACUGGGGGACACCACCGUGUGACUCUCAGCAUGGUGGAGAUCUACAAUGAGGCUGUCAGGGACCUCCUAGCCCCAGGGCCUCCUGAACGCCUGGCCGUCAGGCAGGGCCCGGCAGGCCAGGGGGGCAUUCAGGUGGCUGGCCUGACGUACUGGGACGUGCCCAACCUGGAGACGCUGCACCAGAUGCUGAGCCUGGGGAGGAGCAACCGGGCCACCGCCGCCACCACCAAGAAUAGGCACAGCUCUCGGUCUCACGCCUUGGUCACGCUAACGCUGCGCACGGCGGCCCCCCCGCGCGGGCCGGGCACCGCAGGCACCCUGCACCUGGUGGACCUGGCGGGAUCCGAGCGUGCCUGGAAGGCGGGGGCGGCCGGCACGUCGCGGGGAGACCGAGACGGCGCGCAGCGGCUGCGGGAGGCCCGGACCAUCAACCGCUCGCUGCUGGCCCUGGGCGGCGUGAUGGCUGCGCUGCGGGCCCGCCGGCCGCACGUGCCCUUCCGCGACUCGCAGCUCACGCGCCUGCUGCAGCCCGCGCUCGGGCCGGGCGCCACCGCCGUGCUGCUGCUGCAGAUUUCCACGCGGCCGGAGGACCUGGGCGAGACUGUGUGCUCGCUGAAGUUCGCCGAGCGAGUGGGCCAGGUGGAGCUGGGGCCCGCCCGGCGCUGCAGGGUUCCGCGCUCGGGGACGCCGUCUUCGCUCAGCACCGACACGCCGCUCACCGGGACCCCGUGCACGCCCACGCCGCCCCCUGGCAGCCCUCCCAGCCCCGGCCCAGACAGCGACUCCAGCUCGGCCCUCGGGACCCAAAAGGCCGGGGACUCCUAGUCCCGGCCGCGCCUCUGCCGGCAGAGGCGGCAAAGCCCCUGCCCCCCUCCCGGAGUCGGUCCCCCUGCCCCGCGAGGAGUAUUUAGCCUAGGGACCUGAUCGCCGCUCCCUCCCCCAGGCCCCCGGCUCCCUCCUUAUCACCAUUUGCUGUUAUCAUCGCGGCGCACAGCAGGGGAUGCCAGGGCUGUGGGAGGUAGGCCCCGCCAAGCGGCUACCCCAGUCACCCCCAUCACCAAGAAUCAGACUUGGCAUUAAAAUAUUGUCUACUCCUUUACUGUUAUCUUCCCCACUACCACCACCGAAACCAAGUAGGGUCUUGAUUUCCUUUCCCCAAAAAGGUGCUACUACCUCAUUCCCAGGCAGAGGAGGGAGGACAGGACUUCAGGCUGAGGCACCGUGUAGGGUCUCCCUCCCCCAGCCGGGAGCCAGGGGUGGGAAGUGACACGUGGUGAUGGAUGGAUGGAAGGAAGGAAGGACACACGGACAGAGAAAGUGGGAUCAGGAAGGGGCUACUGCGAGCCAAGCCCCCACUCUUUGCAGUUUGGCCUCUGGGGGUGGGGGGAUAGGAGAGGCCCGACUGAGCAUCCGGGCCAGAGCAGUGCCUAGCUAGACCCCAACCCUUUGUGGGGUAUGGGGUAGUCCAAUAAACAUGGUGGAUUCUCAGCA